AUGUCGGCUCGGCGCGGCGCUCCCGGCGGCCAACGGCAUCCCCGUCCGUAUGCCGUUGAGCCGACUGUUGAUAUCAAUGGUCUGGUAUUGCCAGCUGAUAUGAGUGAUGAGCUUAAAGGACUUAAUGUGGGAAUUGAUGAAAAAACUAUCGAGUCGUUGGAAUCAACUCGACGCAUGUUGGCUCUUUGCGAGGAAAGCAAGGAAGCUGGUAUCAAGACUUUGGUCAUGCUCGACGAUCAAGGAGAGCAACUCGAGCGUUGCGAGGGUGCGCUUGAUACCAUCAAUCAGGACAUGAAAGAAGCGGAAGAUCAUUUGAAGGGAAUGGAGAAGUGUUGUGGACUGUGUGUUCUUCCAUGGAACAAGACUGACGACUUCGAGAAGAACUCGGAGUAUGCGAAGGCGUGGAAAAAGGAUGACGAUGGAGGUGUGAUCUCUGAUCAACCAAGGAUCACGGUCGGAGAUCCGACUAUGGGACCUCAAGGAGGAUACAUCACCAAAAUCACGAACGAUGCUCGUGAAGACGAAAUGGAUGAAAACAUCCAACAAGUCUCGACCAUGGUCGGAAACUUACGUAACAUGGCAAUUGAUAUGAGCACUGAAGUGUCCAACCAGAACAGACAACUCGACAGAAUUCACGACAAGGCUCAAUCGAACGAGGUCCGUGUGGAGUCUGCCAACAAACGCGCAAAGAAUCUCAUCACCAAAUAA